AUGGAGCUCAGCCUGGAGAGCCUGGGGGGCCUGCACGGCGUGGCCCACGCGCAGGCGGGCGAGUUGCUGAGCCCCGGCCACGCGCGCUCGGCGGCGGCGCAGCACCGUGGCCUGGUGGCGUCCGGGCGCCCGGGGCUGGUGGCCGGCAUGGCGAGCCUCCUGGACGGCGGGGGCGGCGGGGGGGCGGGCGCGGGCGCGGGCGGCGCGGGCGGCGCGGGCGGCGGCGCCGACUUCCGCGGGGAGCUGGCGGGGCCGCUGCACCCGGCCAUGGGCAUGGCCUGCGAGGCGCCCGGCCUGGGCGGCACCUACACGACGCUCACGCCCCUGCAGCACCUGCCGCCGCUGGCGGCCGUGGCCGACAAGUUCCACCAGCACGCGGCCGCCGCGGCCGUAGCCGGGGCGCACGGCGGCCACCCCCACGCGCACCCGCACCCCGCGGCCGCGCCGCCCCCGCCGCCCCCGCCGCAGCGCCUGGCGGCCAGCGUGAGCGGCAGCUUCACCCUCAUGCGCGACGAGCGCGCGGCGCUCGCCUCCGUGGGCCACCUCUACGCGCCCUACGGCAAGGAGCUGCCCGCCAUGGGGUCGCCGCUGUCGCCGCUGCCCAACGCGCUGCCGCCCGCGCUGCACGGCGCCCCGCCCCCCCCGCCGCCGCCGCCGCUGGCCGCCUACGGCGCGCCCGGGCACCUGGCCGGGGACAAGCUCCUGCCGCCCGCCGCCUUCGAGCCGCACGCCGCGCUGCUGGGGCGCGCCGAGGACGCGCUGGCCCGCGGGCUGCCCGGAGGCGGCGGCGCCGGCGGGGGCGCGAGCGCGGGGGGCGCCCAGGGGCUGCUGGCGCCGCUGGGCGGGCUGGCGGCCGCGGGGGCGCACGGGCCGCACUCGGGCGGCGGCGGCCCCGGAGCCGGCGGCGGCGGCCCGGGGCCCGGCGCGGCGGCCGAGGAGAUCAACACCAAGGAGGUGGCGCAGCGCAUCACGGCGGAGUUGAAGCGCUACAGCAUCCCGCAGGCCAUCUUCGCGCAGCGCAUCCUGUGCCGCUCGCAGGGCACGCUCUCCGACCUCCUGCGCAACCCCAAGCCGUGGAGCAAGCUCAAGUCCGGCCGCGAGACCUUCCGCAGGAUGUGGAAGUGGCUGCAGGAGCCCGAGUUCCAGCGCAUGUCCGCGCUGCGCCUCGCAGCCUGCAAGCGCAAGGAGCAGGAGCAGCAGAAGGAGCGCGCGCUGCAGCCCAAGAAGCAGCGCCUGGUGUUCACGGACCUGCAGCGGCGCACGCUGAUCGCCAUCUUCAAGGAGAACAAGCGGCCUUCGAAGGAAAUGCAGGUCACCAUCUCGCAGCAGCUCGGCCUGGAGCUCAACACCGUCAGCAAUUUCUUCAUGAACGCUCGGCGCCGCUGCAUGAACCGCUGGGCCGAGGAGCCUGGAGCGGCCCCCGGGGGCCCCGCGGGCACCGCCUCGACCUUCUCCAAGGCCUGA